GAGGAAGGGAAGUAGGAGGCGACUAAACAGGCCGUACAGACAGAAAGGCGCAUCGAGGAAGAUACCUAUGUCAAGCUGCAAUAGUCAAGGUUCCUUACAGUUAACUGACAGAGUGGAAAACACAGUGUUAAAUAGGGAGAGUGGUAUGACAGAGAUUUGAGCAACAGAGGUAUGGUAUACUGUAGAUCAGAUGGAUCCAAAAUGAUGCAUCUCAGUGUAGCUGACGACUGAGCUGGUCUGGGGAUUGGAUUGGGAUCAACUCGGCCUGAACUCGACCUCCGGUUUAGAACCAGUCUCAUUGACCACCAGGCAGAUCAUCAGCGACCUACGACCUAACGCUCUGUUGGGAAUCUACACAAAUCGUGCCGACAGCGAUGGAGGUGUCUAUGCAGCUGUAUGCGUUGCUGCUGAGUGGAGCGGUCCUCCUGUCACUCAUCCUGUUGACUGGCCUGUGUCUUCGCUGCAGAAGACACAACCUGCCUACGUCCAUUCAGCAGCGUUACAGUGAGGAUUACACUCAGCACACCCCAGGAUUCGGCUUGGCCCACCCACCAUACAACCCCUCUUCAGCCACAAGCUGGGGUGCUCCCCCUUCCAGCCUCCUUUCACCCAUUUCACCACAGAUCGUUCUGAGACCGAACUCUGUCACCCCAACUGAAAAUGAGAGUAAUGACGGCUAUGAGAGUCCAGGAGAAGAGUAUGUCAACGAGGUGAUGGAUGACUAUGAACCAGGAUCAGGCUACCUAAUAGUGUUACCAUCAGAUCUUCCGGGGACUGGGUCUCUGCGUCAUUCCAACCAAUGUCUCAUCUCCAAAAGCUCCCAAAGCACAGAAAACAGUGGCGCGGUUGGCAAUAUGAAAAUCAAUAUGAACGUCGACGUGGAAAAGAGUGAUGACAGUGAUGAUGGCAGCAACGACUAUGUCAAUACUAAAGAAAGCAAUGACGCGGAGGUCAAUGUCGACGUGGGAAAGAGUGAUGACAGUGAUGAAGGCAGCAACGACUAUGUCAAUACUAAAGAAAAUAGUGGCGCAGAGGGCAAUAUGAAUGUCGUUGUGGAAAAGAGCGAUGACAGUGAUGACGAAGGCAACGACUAUGUCAAUACUAAAGACAUGUGAAGCCUCCCCAUCACGUAGCAGAUUCUGACGGGGAGGGAAUUGAGUCGAUCGACUGCUGGAUUUAUCAUGAGUGCAACCAAGUUUCAAAAGGAAACCUACACAGCGUGACAAACAUCUACAUAGGGGUUCUGCAAUAUGGACAAGAGCACUGUGCAACUCACUGCUGUGGCUGAUGAAACAUUUCAAAAGACCUUAACCUCAUCCACCAGCUCUCUCUGAACUAUGUGGUAAUAAUUAAGGCCUAGGGAGAAUGUUUUAAGUUUUAUUGUAUGAUGUUGGGCAAAUGUUUUCGAACACAUCUCCUGGUGCCCCAGCUGCAACCAUAAUGCUACAUUUUUAAGCUCUUUCCUGACUAUUGAAAAGAAAGGAUGACAGUGGGGAAAAGAGGUGGUGUCGUAGGGCAGAUUUGAACCCAUGUCGACGCCGCGGCAUUUUUGUUUUCAAUGUAUGGAUUUGCUGACGACUCCUGAGAAUGUUCGUUCAAGUUUACAAAUUUUUUCUAAGCUGUAUUUCUUAUUACUGUGGAUUUUUUGUCAAUAUAAAUGCUUUGCCAUAAUCUAUAGCCCUAUUCGGACAGGAUAAGUUUUACUGGGAGCUCAGCUAAUGUAAUAUGCACAAAUCACCACAUCCAUAGUUUUUCCCAUCCAAAUCUGCCAUUUAGUCAUUUAAAUUAUCCCAUUCAAGGUUUUGGCAAACGCCCAGGUCCUCUGAUAAUCCUCAUCCUGUCAUCUGUGUUGAGGGAUAUUAGAGUAACAGGUGCUGCACCAAGUUUGGGAAAGAACAUGAACAAAUUGAUGCUUAAAAAUAUGCUUUGGAUGUAACCUACAGCUGAUUGAACUUUUGUCACAUCAACUAUCUUAGUGCCAUACUUUUAAAAGAUGAAGUGGAAAAUAUUGUGCCAAUGAAUUGAUAAAUGUUACAGAUCAUGGUUCUUAUAGACUUUCUAUACACUGAAAGCCAUUAGGUCAAUAUUAGGCUAUCCCGAGACGUGGAAGAGCCUCCAGGCUUCCAUCAUGAGGAAGGGAAAAAAAAUAAUUAGGGGCAGUUUGGAAAAACGGACAAGCUGGAUAUUAAUUACAUAGCCGACGUUCUAUAGUAAUACUAGUCCUGUGCGGAUAGGGCUUAUGAACCAUUGUGUGAUGUUUUCUGUAUGAAUUGAAGCUGAUAUGGAUGGCAUAUAGUUCACUAUUAAAGAUGUGUUUUAAAUCAGUAAUGAUCAUUCACAAAUGCUUGUUUGUUACACAUACACUGCUCAAAAAAAUAAAGGGAACACUUAAA